GAGAGAGAGAAAGGAGAGUGUUUGGUCAUGUUUCAUUUUCCAUUAAAUAGAAGCAAACCAUACUCCAAAAUCCUCACUCUGCUGCAACAUCUUUAUUCUCUCUUUUCCUUCCCAAGGAAUCUCCAAACAGUUCAUCUAAGAUUUCUCCUUCAUCUUUAAAAUUUUAAGAUAUUAUUUUCCUUAUUACCAAACCAAAAAACAACCCAAAACACAAACCCAUCUAAGCUGUUUCCGUAGAUAGUCCGUUUUCUUUUCUUCUUCAUCCUCUUAUCUUAGCUUUAAAAAAAAAGUUCAGGACAAGAAUGUGGUGGUGGUCAUCAUCGACGAAAGUCCGAUCAAAUCUAGAGAGGUUUCUUAGAGGAAUCACACCGAAGCCUCCUUCCUCAUCUCUAUUUCAGUGGUGCGAGAAUGACUUGAACAGUCUAUGGAUACCACAAAGCAAAGAUGAGACUGAAUAUUUCAAGCUUAGUGAUCUUUGGGACUGUUUUGAUGAGCUAAGUGCGUAUGGACUUGGAUCCAAGGUUGAGUUGAACAACGGUGAAACUAUUAUGCAAUACUAUGUUCCAUACCUAUCGGCCAUUCAACUCUAUACUAGCAAAUCUCCAGCCGUUUCCAGGAACCAGAGUGAGGUGGUUGAUUUUGAGAGUGAAUGCUGGAGUGACGAUAGCGACAUUGAGAAGUUGUCAAGGUCAACGAGCAGUGGUUCUAGCAAAGUAUGGGAUUCUGUUUCAGAUGAUUCGGCUUAUGAAACCACCGAUGGCAUGCGAGAUAAGCUCGGUUACAUCGAGUUUCAGUACUUUGAGUCAACUAAACCGCACUUGCGAGUUCCUCUUACCAUCAAGGUCAAUGAAUUGGCUGAGAAGUAUCCAAGACUUUUGACUUUAAGGAGUGUUGACUUGUCUCCAGCGAGUUGGAUGGCCAUUGCUUGGUAUCCGAUAUACCAUAUUCCAUCUCAAAAGACAGAUAAAGACUUAUCGACGUGUUUCUUGAGUUAUCAUACACUAUCUUCUGCCUUCCAAGGUAAUUUGGUAGAGGGAGACGAUGAGAAUAACAAAACAAUGGAAGAGGAAACAUUGUGCAGUGAUGAUGAACAAGUGGCGACCAAGAGACUCCCUUUGGCUCCUUUUGGUUUAGUUACAUACAAAAUGCAAGGAGGUUUGUGGGGGAAACACGAAUCUGGUGAUCAAGAGCGGUUAGUUUAUCUUGGAAGUGCAGCGGAGUCAUGGCUGAAGCAGCUUAAUGUUCAUGAUCACCAUGACUACAGCUUUUUCUCUAUGAACAAGAGCUUGUAAAAACUCUGUUUUUUGGCUCUGUUUUUAGUUGUUUUCUUAGGUACAUAAUGUAGAGGUUUCUUGUCCAUGUGUUGCAGCCAUGGAAAGUAAAGAACAUAAGUUAUGUUUUUGAGUUUUUAUAAGCGAUGAGAUAAACAAAGGUCUUUUGUUUGUUUGUUC